GAAACAGUAUUAUAAUUUUGCCAGCCUUAGGCAUUUGUAUUUUAGCCAAAGGAGAGAAAGUGUGUGGGUGUGGGUAGUAAGUAGUAUUUGCAAAGAAAGGCUUGUGAGAGAAGCCUAAAUGAUGAAAAGCAAACACAGAUUCAGCAAGGAAUUGCUUCUCUUCCAAGCUAGCUAUAUCUUCCGCCAUUAAAACUUUCACACCAUUUCUCACCAGAAAGGCAACCCUCAACCCUCCCUUCUCCCUAUUUAAACCGAUCGCCACCACUUUUUCUCUCUAACUUCCAAUGGACGACGUCGCUUUUUACUCUCUGCUUUUCCUGUGCUUCUUUCAAUCGGUGCGAGGGAUUUUGGACCCCAACGAUUUCCUCGCUCUGCAAUCAAUUCGGAAAUCCCUUCACGAUGUUCCCGGUUCCAAUUUUUUCUCCUCCUGGGACUUCACCGCCGACCCCUGCAACUUCGCCGGCGUUUUCUGCGCCGACGACAAAGUCAUCGCGCUCAACCUCGGCGAUCCUAGAGCCGGUUCUCCCGGUCUCACCGGAAAACUUGACCCUUCCAUUUCCAAACUCUCCGCUCUCGCAGACUUCACCGUCGUUCCGGGAAGAAUCUACGGUCCUCUCCCUCAGUCUCUCUCUCAGUUAAAAAACCUCCGCUUCCUCGGCCUCAGCCGCAACUUCAUCUCCGGCCAGAUUCCUUCAGGUUUAGGUCAGCUCCGGAAUCUCAGAACAAUCGAUCUCAGCUACAACCAACUCACUGGAACAAUCCCUCCCUCCAUCGGAGCAAUGCCGGAGCUAACAAACUUAUUCCUCUGCCACAACCGUCUCUCCGGUUCUGUUCCCUCGUUCGCUUCCUCUUAUUCCCUAACCCGGCUCGAACUCAAACACAACACUCUCUCCGGUUCGUUCGCAGAGGAUUCUCUCCCUCCUUCCCUACAGUACCUCUCUUUAUCAUGGAACCGGUUUACUGGACCGGUGGACCGGCUAUUAACCCGGCUCAACCGGCUCAACUUCCUGGACCUUAGUUUAAACCAGUUCACAGGCCCAAUCCCGGCCCAACUAUUCACAUUCCCUCUCACAAACCUCCAACUCGAAAGAAACCAGUUCUCGGGUCCAAUCCAACCGGUUAACGAGGUGACGAUCCAGACCGUCGAUCUCAGCUACAACCGGUUAUCCGGUGAGGUGUCGCCCAUGCUAGCAAGCGUGCAGAACCUGUACCUGAACAACAACGGCUUCACAGGGCAGGUUCCGGGUAGCUUCGUGGAGCGGUUACUGGCGGCGGGCAUUCAGAUAUUGUAUUUGCAGCACAAUUUUUUGACCGGAAUCGCGAUAAGCCCGACGGCGGAGAUUCCGGUGAGCAGCACCCUGUGUUUGCAGUAUAACUGCAUGGUGCCGCCGGUUCAGACGGCGUGCCCCUUCAACGCCGGCAAAAGGAAAAUAAGACCAGCGCAGCAGUGCAACCGCUAAAACUGUGUGAAAGUGAAACUGAAGCUUGGUUCAGUUCCAUUAAAGCAUUUACAUUUCACUAAAUUAUUAGUAUACUACAUUCAAUUCACAUCAGUUUCGCCUUUUAUAAGAAAAAUCAUAUUGUGUAUUAUAGAUGUGAAUUUAUAUUUAUCUAUUUUUUUCACCCCUUUCAUUCAUUUUUAUGAUGUGAAUAAGAGGAUUGUGAAAUGAGAAUAAUUGCAACACUGUAGCGCAGACCGGAGAGUUUAUAAUUAAUGUAAUAUAUUCGUGUACAAAUAAAAAUUUGUGUCAUCUCAUGUUAUUUUA